UGGCAGAAGCAGCUCUGGCGCAACGUUUCAGGGCUUCACGGGAUUACUUAUUCACUGUGUUCCUGGAACAGCUCCAGGCUUCCCAUCUCUGCCUCCAGUGCACGAAUUCAUCAAGUGUCUACAGGGUUCACAAUCCUCAGAAGCAAGAGGAGACAGUAGGAAGGAGAUACAUGCAGCAAAUCACCUGUCUCCGAAGGACCUGGAAGCUCUGGAAACGCUGAAUUCAUAUCCUCCUUUCUACCUCUCUAAUGCUUAAUCAGGGUAAUUAAAGCAGCAGACUCAAUCUGGAUGGAUUUCAUUGCCGGGGCCAUUGGAGGUGGUCUAAGCACAGCUGUGGGUUAUCCGCUGGACACAGUGAAGGUGAGAAUUCAGACUGAGAGGCACUACAAUGGGAUCUGGCACUGCAUUCGGGAAACAUAUAGAACAGAAAAAGUUCGUGGAUUUUACAAAGGUGUGUCUGCGUCAGUCCUCACAGUGUCGGUCAUUUCUUCUGUUUCAUUUGGCACGUACAGAAACUUCCUUUGCACCAUCUGCAAGCUGAGAUAUGGGGCUGCAGAUGCAAAGCCAUCCAAGCUGGAUAUUUCUCUUGCUGGAGGUGCUGCUGGUGCUGUCCGGGUUGUGUUCAUGGCUCCUAGUGAAGUGGCUAAAGUUCGCAUGCAAACUCAGAGGAAUCCACAUCCUUCCCUCACAUCUCCCCAGUUUGAUUCCAAGCCAAAGUACCGAGGGUCUUUGCACUGUUUGAAGGUGAUCGCCAAGGAGGAAGGUUUUGGGGGUCUCUACAAGGGCUGCUCUGCAUUACUUUGCAGGGAUUGCUCUUCCUCUGCAAUAUAUUUCCUUACCUAUUCUACUUUGUGUGACUGGCUCACACCAGCUGAGAAAAACAAACCAGGUUUCCUUGUUGUGCUGCUUUCUGGUGGUUUUGCUGGAGUUCUGGCAUGGGGAUUAGCUACUCCCAUGGAUGUCAUCAAAUCACGGAUGCAAAUUGAUGAAUCAGACCAGCACAAGUAUAAAGGCCUCAUCCACUGUGCUAAGGAAAGUGUGAGGAAGGAGGGUGUGAAAGUGCUUUUCAAAGGACUGGGUUUAAACUGCAUUCGUGCCUUUCCUGUGAACAUGGUGGUAUUUGUAACAUACGAAGCUGUACUGAGAUUUACAGAUCAUUACACAAGCAAAAAGUAGCUUGUACCAUUUUGUUUAGAGGUGUAUUUUAUUCAAUUUGUUGUUUGUAAUGCAACAUCCACAAACAACUGCUGAAUGCUGUUUCCUUUGAUGGACAGUGCAAGAAGCAUGGAUAUUUCAGCACAAAGCUGAAUAACUGAAGGCUUUAUUUAAUUUUUACAGGAUUACAAACUAAUUAGGGACUCCUGAAUUUACAUACAACCUUCCUUUUAUGUCAUUAGUAUAGCAAGACUGUAGCUGCUGUUUAGGAUCUUGAAACGUUUGCCAGUAUUUAUGUUCUAGAAAGAUGGUAUUCUUAACAGAGAUUUUGAUUAAGGCUUCAUUUUAUUUUCUAACAGCACAAACCCCCAGUCUUCACAACCAAGGCAAAAUCUGGGGGAAGUCUGUGUAAAAUUUAACACUACCCAGUGUGUGCUUUUCACAUGUAAUGCCUGCAUUGCAUUCAUCGAGUAAUUACAUAUCUGCACUUCAAGCUGCAACUUUCCUUCCCAGCUGCAAUUUUCUCAAACUACUUUGUAAACACAACCCUUUGGUAGCAGCAUCAAUACAAAUCUCCUUGCUUUUUCCUGUCAUUAUUUAAUGAGAGCCAGAUUUGGUCUAUUUACGUAAGUGGCUGCACUGAAAGUGAAACCAGGCACAGAUUCCCAUAAGCCAUGUGAUUUUCUCCCUGCACAGCCCCAUCCCAACAGCAUCCGUUGCCGCCCGGAGGCUGAUGCACAGCAGCUCUCCGGAGGCUGGCACGGCUUUGGAGGCAAUCUGUUCUCAUCCUGGAAGGAGGGCAGGAAUAGAUGCAGAGCCACUGUGCUUCUCAAGGCAGAGGCUGCCAUAAAAUCUGUGCUGUAAUCGGGCUAGGGAAGUUAAAAGGGAACCUCAAAGUUGUAGAGUGUGGUUAGGGUUUACACCUUCAACAUUUUAAAGUGCAUACUCUCCUCCCUUUGAACUAAGCCACUAGGAGCAGCCACAUGUUUUUUGCCAAAUGUGUAACUGGAAAGGAUUUUUGACUUUCCUAACAAUUAUUUCUCUUUCACAAAUGUAUUAACUUCGAACAUGUCAACUGAAAAAAAAGAAGAAUAGCCACACUACUGCUUCAGAAAGGAAGCCUCUAAAGGCAGAAAUGCUUUAACUAGCUUAUCCCACCUCAGGAGCAGCAAGUAUGUUUUCUGUCCCUGUUUUAGUCCCUGGACGAUGAGAUCUGGAGCAGACUGGAUCCAAUCUGUCAGAUUCUGCUGAAAGUGCAUGUUUUUUUGAGGGAAAGAGGAAGAUUCUGAUUUAAAAGGAGCUCUUACAUUCAGGGUUGACUCCCUCUGGUCCACAGCCACUUUCACCACUGGGUAGAAUGGCAGUGGUGUGGCACUGACUAGAGCAACCACGAUCUUUCAGCAGACAGGACUUGUCAGCUACCAUGCACAUAAUAAAAGUAAAUCCUGUACUGGAAAAACAAGUUUUAAAAAAAUGAAGAAAAAAUAAAGGGAACCCCUUCCAUUCCAGACAGAGAGGAUGAAAUAACUCUUGAAAUAUCCUCCUGAAAUCUAAGCCUUCAGCUGGCUUUUUAGACAAGUUCACAUCCAUGGUGUCAAACAAUCAGCAUCAUUCUUCUCUGAAGUGUUGAUCCAAGCACAGAGUUAAAAGAGCACACGGAAGCAGAGUAUGUCACCUUAAAGGGGAGUGAAAGACCCAAUGCUCUACCACAGCAACCUACCACGCCCAGUUACAUCUUGGGGCAUUCAACACCAAACUUUACCUUUAGUGAGGAAGUCCUGACAAGAGAAAAAUUCAUUUGAACCCUUGCAAUCUGGAAUUCCUCUUUGGAUGCCUCUUAAAUCUACUACCAUCAUUUGUCUCUGCAAGGAGUAUAUUUAUCUGAGUGCUGUCCUGAUGGGGAAUGAUUUAGCCCAGCUCUGCCUGGAUCUUUUCUGCAAUCUCUGCUUCAUACUGUAUUAUUCUCAGCUGACCCUGUUUUCAGGCACUACAUCCUCUGAAUGGAGACAGUAAAAGAACGCUUGCAAGUCAGACUAAGCAACCAUUUACUGUUAGGCAGUGUUGAUACCAUCCAUUGUCAGCCCUGGGCUUGAAAAUACAGUAGCUCAGCUUUCCCAAUAAGCUCCUGUGUGCAGAUGACUAAAAAUGUCUCCUCCUGUGGGUGUAUCUGAAAUACAGUUGGUGUCAAGAAAGAGAAAUUACUGAUGAGUUGCAAAAGUGAGUGGGAACAACUGCAGAAGCCAGUAUGAGGGGCUGAGAACUGUAAGCCUCUGGGUGUUGAACACCAUAUAAAAGCAGAUUCUCACGUGGCCUGACCCCAUGCUACACAAGAGACGAGCUGUAUUUCCUGGGAGCUUAUUCCAGGAAAUCACUGCUUUCCAAUCCCAUAGUAUUCACAACCCUUACCUGGAAAAAAACGCCUAUACACAGUGUAUGACACUGCCUUAGAGCGAGGACUCACUGCUAGCUCCGUGGUACAAACUGCCAACAGCUGCAGGAAUGGACUGUAUAAGUACUGUAAACAAUGGCACAUAAACAUGAGCAGAUACAUCAUAAAUAGUACUUCUGUGCAAACACAUCAACCCGGGCGUUUGGCUUCUGGAUUUUAGAAUUUGACUGCGUUGUUUUCUGAUUCCUUCAUUAGCUCGACCUUCCUCUGCUCUGCUAGUCACAGAACUGUUUAUUCUGAUAAAUCAGCUAUCUGAAGGCUAGCUUACAGAACGAAGACACCGCAUUUCCUGUGCUGAUAAUGGGCUUACUUUGCUAUUGGGACAGGAGCCUUUUGUGCAGAUGAUUUCUUUUAGUUACAAGGUUGAUAGCCUUGAGAAAAAGAAAAAAAGAAAGGUCUUUAGAAGGUACAUUUUGUUUCAUGUUCUUUUAUUGCUGAUAGCUCCUGUUUUUUUUGACAGUGCUUUUGAAAAUCCAUGUAGGUUUCAGCAUGCCUCUCACUGACUGUGGAAGAGCCAUCGGAAGCUUCAGAUAACAGCAAUUGUAUGAUAAUGUUUCCAUUUAAGAACAAAUCUUCACACCAAACUUGCUGAAGCAUUACUGUAAACAGGUCACACUGACCUUCCCCUACUUCAGAGCUGCAAGCUGUACACAGUAGAAUAUAACACCUAGUCUGGACAACUGACAAUCACUGGACAACUGACCCUUUUUGAACAGUUAGCUAUGGGAGCAAGAAGUUUACCUGAUAGGAAUGGAUAGAAGGUGUUACAAAGCAUGCUAUUUUACUACUUGAAAGGCAUGUGGCAUCAAAACAAUGACCAGCUCCAUCAGAUGACUAAAUCAACAUCUAAAAGGUUAGGAACAGAGGUUAAAAAAACAGAGUAACUGUAAAUUAAGCCUUUAAAAAACAGGCUUUUAUAUAUUGUUUACUGCAGUGAUGUAUCACAGUAUCACAGUAUCAUCAGGGUUGGAAGAGACCUCACAGAUCAAGUCCAACCCUUUACCACAGAGCUCAAGGCUAGACCAUGGCACCAAGUGCCACAUCCAAUCCUGCCUCGAACAGCCCCAGGGACGGCGACUCCACCACCUCCCCAGGCAGCCCAUUCCAGUGUCCAAUGACUCUCUCAGUGAAGAACUUUCUCCUCACCUCGAGCCUAAAUUUCCCCUGGUGCAGCCUGAGGCUGUGUCCUCUUGUUCUGGUGAACAUACUAUUCUGGUGAACAUAGUAUGUGAACAUACUAUGAGCAAAUAGAGGAAAAUAUAAGGAACAUAGCUUGAUAAUGUUCUUAGACAUUUCACACAUGCUUUUGAAGACUGCCUUGCCUUGCCUUGCCUUUUCAAUACCUCUGGGACAUAAACUGUAAAUAUGACACUUUGCCAAGGCUCCUGUGAGGAAUUGUAUCAUUUCAGAAGCAUGUUCGUACAAAUUUGUCAGAGUCCUUGAGUAAGGUGUUCGCUGAGUAAACAAAUACUAAUCAAUGUUGCUACUACUUUUCUGUUCAGGACUUUCAAAACAGAAAUAAAUUGCUGUAUUGUAAAAUCAUAGGUUUCACUUGAACAGAACACAGUACUGUUUCUACUACAGCAUAUAUCUCUUUCCUGAAUAAUUGAAAUAAAUCUUACAGGACAGAUCUGCACAUAAUGUUUUAAAGAAGAAAUUUGCAUUUGGAGUUUGUAAAAUCUCUUUCAAAAGUCAAUUUAAGCCUUAUCUUCUAUGUACAGCUUAAAGAUGACAAAAAAGUGGACUGCAAGAACAUGAAGCCCAUUAUUAAAGUCUACUGUAAGAAA